AUGUAUAGAGUUGGAAAGUGGCUUGAUCGAGGGCGAUCGUAUGCCAAUGCAUCCACGCAGAGCUUGGAUUCUCUAGCCGAAUCCCAGAACCUUGAGUCGGCCCUCCGUGCUGUAGAGCUGGUUUUGAACGAUGACAUCCAGGGAGCAGAAAAGGGCCUCGGGGAUGGGACUUCACCAUUCCACAAACUCGCCAAAGGCACUCUGGGUUUCAUGAAGGCCGUUCUGGGCUUCGAACAGGACGCCAUGAAAGAGGCACAGGCGACGCUGUCUGAAGCCGAAUCCAGCUCAUCUGCCAGCUACAACAAAGCCCAAUAUGACCCUCGUACGUUUGUUUCCACAAUAUACGAGAAGGGCUCCGAGUUUGCAUUGUGUCAGGCCGAGGCCCAGAUCAUGUCCGCUGUUGUUGGGGUGCUUAAUGAAAGCCUGACAGAAUCCAUAAGAGGUUUUUACAAACUGAGAAAAGCUUAUAUCACCCUGGACCGCCUGGUGCAGAUGGAAAUAGCCUUCAUGAAAACGAGGCCGACUCAGGGGCGCUCUGCAUUGCGACCACAGUCUAUGGAGAGUUUACAACGUCCCGGAUCUCGGACCGGAAAGACGCAAUAUCCUUCUGAGAGACCUGGAACAGAUCCGGUUCAGCCGAGUAAUCCGUCUGCAUUGCGAAAGGCAGAAGCCGUGGAGGACGUCUCAGCAGAUGACCCUGCCGAAGAAUUCCACGAAGCUGACAUCAUUCAUGACAACAACCCAGUGACCCAAGCUUAUGAAGGUCAUUUUGAUGUCGAAGAGGAGGCGGAGGACAUGACUGAACUGGACCGCAAAAUCGAGGAAAUGAAUCUUGCGCACCACUCGAACGAGCUACAAGCCGAAGGACUGAUGAAACCACCACCUCUAACGACCCUGGGCAUGCUCACCGAAGAUGCAGACUCGGAAAUCUUCGCCAACUCCCUCGACGCCUUCAUCCAUUCUGGCACCAACCUCAUGUCCGGAAUUCUCUCGCUUCUCAUCUCCGUUAUCCCCCCAGCCUUUAGCAAAUUACUCUACAUCAUAGGCUUCCGAGGCGACCGCGAAAGAGGCAUUCGAAUGCUGUGGCAAGCGAGCAAAUUCCCCAACAUCAAUGGCGGUAUGGCAAGCCUGGUCUUGUUCGGCUGGUACAAUGGGUUGGUUGGGUUCUGCGAUAUCAUUGCCGACCCUGACCCCUCGAAGCCAGACGACGUGGAAGGCUAUCCUGCAGCUCGACUGGAGGCUCUGCUGGUCGAGAUGCGAAAGCGGUACCCCAAAAGCCAUCUCUGGCUUAUCGAGGAAGCUAGAAUGGCGGCCUCUAAGCGACAACUCGACUCGGCCCUGAAGAUCCUCUCUGUUCCGGGCACCAGUCAACUCAAGCAGAUUGAGGCCCUGCAUAUGUUUGAAAAGAGUUUAAGCGCCAUGAACGCUCACCGAUACCAACUAUGCGCCGACUCAUUUCUUACUUGUGCAGACCUCAAUGCCUGGUCCCAGGGCCUGUACUCCUACAUCGCAGGGGCUGCACACCUCAGCGCUUACCGUUACGACAAGACUCUCUCGAAGGCAGAAGCGCAGAAACACGCGAAGCUGGCCGAAGAGUACCUCAAAGCCGCGCCCACUAGAGUUGGUAAAAAGAAGAUGAUGGGUAGACAGCUUCCUUUUGACGGGUUUGUGGUUCGGAAGAUCGCGAAGUGGGAGGAACGUGCGGUCAGGUGGAAGUGCAACUUUAUUGACGCCGUGGGAGUCAGUCCACUCGAGGAGAUGAUCUUCCUUUGGGCCGGAUACAAGAAGAUGGAUGCAAGUCAACUGCAGAGCUCCCUGGAGAACCUGGCCUGGUCGGAAAAUACACCGCGGUGGCCGCAGGAGGAUGCGGACGAGCGUGCCAUCCUCGCCGUUCUGAGGGCCGUGAUCUUGAGAAAUCUGCGCCAACAUGAAGAGUCCGCAGCCAUUCUCAGUCAAAACAUUCUCAAUCGAAGCGCAUUCGACUUCACAGGCCAGUACAAAGACGACUGGAUGGUGCCUACGGCGCACUAUGAGCUAGCCGUGAAUCUUUGGAUGCAGAGAACCGAGUACGGCCAGAUCCACGGCACUAAAUUCGUCACUGAUCCUGGCGAAAAAGUUCCACCUGUGGUGCCGGCACACGACGCAAGGUUGGUGAAGGAAUGCCAGGCGCAUCUGGAGAAGGCGAAGGCCUGGGGAAAAUAUGAGCUUGAUGCGCGCUUGGGGCUGAAGAUCACAGCCGCGCUCAAUGCCGUCAAGCAUUGGGAGACGAAACACGCCACCAUUCCAACGUGA